AUGACUAGUAUCAAUGAAAUAUCUCCAGAACAGAUUCAAGAAUUACUCACUCUCAGCAAAAGACUCCGAGAGCAAGAACUGCAACAAGAUAGAUCAGACCAACAGGAUCUCCCCAAAGCAAUCCUCAAAGACGUGGCAAACUCUCUCCAUAUUGAGCUCAAGAACAAGCUUAAGAAAUUUGCCCAAGACACCAUCAAGUAUGAUGGUAGAGCCUGGACAAAGUCAGAGGCUGUCAACAAAUUGUACAUCCCUGAACUCAAGUGGUACCAAGUUGAUGCUGUCCAGAUGGUUACCUCUAUCAACAAAGCUAGUGACAGGUUACGCACAGCUGGAAGAAGUGCCACCAAAAUUUAUCAAGAUUUCGAACACCUUAUUGAAGAAGGAGGAAACAAAAGCAAUAUACGCACAGUCUUGGAAAAAACUAGACAUCUAUCCGUCUAUAGUUUUGCUAUAAGCAAAGAAUUGGAAAACGAUGCCAAAGACAUCAUCACCCAAGCUCUCCACCUCCCAGAAAGCCUAAGAUAUCUGGAAGACAAAGAUGAACAAGACAAAGAUCUGGUUUUCUCUGCCAACCUUGUGGAAAGGAUCCAACAAACCCAUUUUGAUGAAGCUGUCAUCAAGAAUGCCACAGCACGUCAGUUUGGAGGAUUCGGAAACAACAGAGGUACCACAGGACGAAAUAGAUUCAGGGGCCGUGGAUACACUGGUGAACAAAGAGGAAAUUUUAGUUGGGGCAGGGGACAAGAACUAUCGAAUCUGACCCAGCAACACAUUGCCAAUCACAAUGCCCAAUCCAACCCAUCCCCAGGCAAUUGA